GAUACUGCACAUAAGAGGCGGUGCGUGCGGAGCUGUAAAUGCAGUGUCAGCGACUCUACGUGGCGAUGAUGGAAAACGGUGGAAGGCGGAAUGUGGAGAGCUCGAGGAGGAGCUGCUGAUUUUAUCCGGGCAACGACACGUCCACGGAAUCCACGUGUAGCCCGUCACUGAUGCAAACAUACGGGGCUGUGCUGCUCUCAUCAGCCGGGCUGGGUUUCAUCAUGGAGCGACCGCUAACCGCUGCCGCGAGAGGUGUGCCAGAGCGAUCCGGUGGAGCAGUUAAUAUGAUCACAACACGGCUUCUGUUCCUGUUCAUCCUCCCUUCACUGAGUCUGUGUGCUCCACAAGCCCAGAAAACACUCAGCGACGACAUCCUUGCACCAGACCUUCCUAAUCCUUUUGGGUCCAGCGAAGAAAACCGCAGGCUUCUGCAAAGCUACAUUAAGAGCAGCCUGAAGGAAGGACAGACCAGUCCAGAGAUGAACACCAGGGAACAAGAAGUGUUCUUCCUUUUCUCCUUGUAUGACUAUGAUAGAAGUGGGCAGAUGGAUGGCCUUGAACUGAUGCAACUUCUGACAGAUUUCCUGACUUAUCAUGAAAUCAUGCCAAAGUCAACAGAUUCUGUUGUGUCUUUGGUGGACUUCAUGCUACAAGCUCAAGAUCUGAACCAGGAUGGACUACUCGCUCCUUCAGAGCUGUUAUCAUCAUCCACGACUGACCAUCAGCAAGAAAACAACAUUGUUCCCCCUGAUCCACCAGCCGACGAAGCCUUAAAACAAGAGCAAACACAUACAUCAGAGGAUGGAGAUUCUGAAACUCACCAGCAAGAUGUAGAGGUCAACCAGGAGUCUGAACAUGAGAAUGAGAUACCUGAAAAGUUUGAAGAACAGCAUGACCAGCUGCAAGAUGAUCAUCAGGAACAGAAGAAAGUGCCAGUCCAUCAGGAGCAACCAGAGAUGUAAUCCCAAAUUAAGCAUGAAGUGCAACUUUAGAGACCUUUUUUAUUAUUAAAGACACAUCUCUCAAAUGGAUACAAAACAGCCAUACAUUGGAAACCACUCACCUGCUGCAUAUACAGUACUGUGACUGACGCAUAAUUUAUUUCUGGAUACUAAACGUUUUGAAAGUCCAAAAGCAUGUGUUAAUUAGCAUCAUUGUACCAAGUUUAUUGUAAAACCACUGAACUGUACAGAUAUUUCUCAGAGUCUCCACUAAAUUGUGGAAUCCAGAAACAAUCAUCUGAAUUGGCAACUACUCAGCUUAUUUUUCCUUUUUGCUGUUCAAACUAUGCAAACCCAGGAAGUAAAGCUUUAAUUUACAAGAAUUUAAUGCAAAAGUCUAGUCACAGCCAAGAUCUAGUAACCAUUAUUAGGGUUUUGUACCCAAUUAUAGGCAUAUUUCUGUGUUGAACAAACACCUUUGAAAUAAACCAUUCAUUUAGAAGUGGA